AAAAAUAAAAUUAAAUCAAAACUCGGUAAAAAUUAUUCCACCAGUCAAUUUCUUAAGGAUACGCAGAAUGUUGGGCGAAUUCUUUGCUUAAUAAAGUAAGCAAAGAAUAUUACAUUUUUCAAAGAGAAUUAUAAAUACAUAUCUAUAUAAAUUUAAAUAAGAAGAGCAAAUUUUGGCUUCAGAUUUACAUAUAUGCUAAGUUAGCAUGGAACCACAAACUCAUUACUUUUUACAACUUGUUCUCUUGAUAUAUGUUGGAUACACAUUUGCUGAUCAAAGAUUGUAUGGUUUGCAUUCUGGUGAGUUAGCAUCUGGAGAGCUAAUAAUUCCCAAAAAAGUGAAUAGAUACGGUGAAUUUCUAACUCACAAUUUAACACAUCAUCAUGAUAUAUCGUAUCAAUAUGAGCAUAUUCGUCCUAGAAGAAACACAGAAGAGAAUAGCGCAACAGAGUUGCAUUAUCACUUAAAUUUAAAUAGUGAAAAUCUACACUUGGAAUUAGAACCUCACAACUAUUUCAUGACACCGCAUUUGAUCAUCGAAAGACAUCGUCGGGAUCUGCGGACACGAAGAAGGCCGUUCAGAAAUACAAAUUGCCAUUUUCAUGGCAAAGUACGUGGGCAAUUUGAAUCCAGAGUUGCUAUCUCAACAUGCCACGGUCUGGUUGGUCACAUCAAAACCGAAAAUAACGAAUAUUUCAUAGAGCCUUCAAAACUUGAUGACACCCACUCAGACGGAGGGCAUCCUCAUGUCAUAUUCCAGCGUUCAUCAGUGAAAGAAAAGCCACAUACCAAGACGAAGCGGAAGAAUCGUAAACGAAAGCACCAGGAACACCAACACAAAUCUGCAGUGAGCAAUUGCGGCACAAAGGAACCUCGUAGACGCAUUGAAACGAGACUCGAAUGGCAACCGCAGGGCAAAGUCAAAAUCCAAGGUGGCAGAAAAAUUCGGAGACAUCACUUUAACCAAAACCAUCAUAAUGACAACCAACAGCGCCACCACAGAUAUCAGCAACAAUCGCAAACGAAAUUUAAAUACCAAACCGCAGCUGAGAAUGUCAGCGCCAUUACCCAGAAUACGUACCCAGGUUUUGCCAAUUUCAGCACCAAAGAUCAGCAAAAGUCAAAACUGCAUUUGCCAACGCACGCAGAACAUCGCAUGAAGCGCUCAAUUAGCAGCCCACGUCAUGUGGAAGCACUUAUCGUCGGCGACUCAACAAUGGUCGCUUUCCACAAUGACACUGAAACCUAUCUGUUAACCAUAAUGAAUAUGGUGUCUGCGCUCUACAAGGACCCGAGCAUUGGCAACUCCAUUGAAAUCGUUGUUGUGAAGAUUAUUUUGCUCGAGGAGGAAUCAGCGCAUCCAGGCCUCAAUUUGACGCAAAACGCGCAGCAGAAUUUAGAUACAUUUUGUAGCUGGCAACACAAGUUAAACAAAGCCAAUGAAAAUGAGCCUUACCAUCAUGACGUCGCCAUACUUAUAACCCGGAAAAAUAUAUGCGGAAAUAAUUGCAUGACUUUGGGAUUGGCAAAUGUUGGUGGUAUGUGCAAGCCAAAGAAAUCUUGUAGUGUCAAUGAAGAUAAUGGCAUUAUGCUUUCUCAUACGAUUGCACACGAGUUGGGGCACAAUUUUGGUAUGUAUCAUGACUCAGCGAAAAUUGGUUGCCAUCCUCGAGUUGGAUCUAUUGUUCAUAUAAUGACUCCUACAUUCGGUGCUGAUACUGUACAUGUUUCUUGGUCCAAUUGCAGUCGGAAGUUUAUAACACAAUUUUUGGAUCAAGGACUUGGAGACUGCUUGGAUAAUGCUCCAACACCACCUGAUCAAUAUAUAUAUCCCGAACAACCGCCGGGCAUAUUAUAUAAUGCGGAAUUACAAUGUCGGCAGCAAUUUAAUGUUUCCGAAAGUAAUGUUGAGCCCUGCACACCCAUGAAUGAAAUUUGUUCUGCUCUGUGGUGUAGAGUAAAUGGUGAGUGCGUUACUAAUAUGAGACCAACUGCGCCUGGUACUAUUUGUGGAAAACGCAAGUGGUGCCAGAAUGGAGAAUGUGUGCCAAUGGAAGAAAAAAUUACACCCAUAAAUGGAGGCUGGGGAAAUUGGUCGGAAUGGAGUCAGUGCUCAGUCAGUUGUGGUGGAGGAAUUUCUAUGCAACAGCGUGAAUGUAAUAGUCCAGUGCCAACAAAUGGUGGGCUAUUUUGCAUAGGCGAAAGGAAAAGAUAUAAAAUAUGUAAAAAGAAUGCUUGUCCUAUUGGAGAGCAAGGAUUUCGUGCUAAACAAUGUGCAAACUAUGAUGACAUACCUUAUCAGGGCGCCAUUUAUAAGUGGCAACCAUUCUUUGACAAAAAAAGUCCUUGUAAGCUUUUCUGUACGGAUUUGGAUGAUACCAUUAUCGCAAAUUGGGGAGAUGUUGCUCUCGAUGGCACACCUUGUACUCUAGGCACAAAUAAUAUGUGCAUUGAUGGAAUUUGUAAGAAAGUAGGAUGUGAUUGGAUUAUUGAUUCUGAUAUACAAGAAGAUCGUUGCGGAGUUUGUGGUGGUAAAGGAGAUCAAUGUAAAACAGUGAAGGAAGUAUUCAAUGAUAAUUUCAACAUCACGGAAGGGUAUGUGGAAAUCGUAACAAUACCAUCUAAAGCGAGACAUAUUGUUAUUAAAGAACUGGAUAACUCCGCACACUUUCUAGGUAUUGCCAGAGCAAAUAGCAGUAAAUUUUAUUUAAACGGAGAGAGUUUGAUAUCAAUGCCAGGUGAAUUCGUAAUUGCUGGCGCAGAGAGUCUAUACGAUCGCAUUGAUGAUCAAGAAACUAUAACAAUACCACAGCCAAUAGAACAUCCUAUCACAUUAUAUACUAUCGUGCAUGGAAAUGAACCAUAUAAAGGCAUCUACUAUGAGUUCACUUUACCGUUUAUUAACGUAAGCAGUGUUGUUCAUUUCACAUGGAAAUUAAGUAACUGGACUCAGUGUAGUGCAAGUUGUGGUGGUGGCAUUCAAUAUCGAGAGCCGAUUUGUUAUAAAAAUGGACAUUUAACGUCCACAGACGCACUUUGUUGGUCAUAUGCCCAGAAUUCAAGACCUGGUCGUAUCUCACGUCCGUGCAACAAAAACCAAUGUCCGGCACAUUGGUGGCCAGGUCCAUGGCAAUUUUGUCCCGUUACCUGUAAAUCGCCUGGAGCGUUACAACCUUUAAAGCGCCGUUCAGUUGUGUGCUUGGAUCAGCACGAAGUUGUGGUUGAGGAUAAUAUGUGCAACAUUUUGAAUCGACCCGCUGAAACUGAAGCAUGUGAAGAUUUGCCAGUUUGUGUGAAAUCUGAGAAAACAAAAAAUACUAUAUUGCGCGUGAAAAAUUUAUAAAAUUUAAACGUUUUGUACUGAU